ACGGUGUGCGCCUUGCUCGUGCCUGGGAGCUCUUGCUAGACCACAGGAGAGACUAUGUCCAUUGUAAUUUUCUAUGUGAAAUGCUCUUUUUUUUUCCUUUUUUUUUUGUUUGUUAAUUGGGUACAUAGUUGUGAACUUACAGUGUCUGUCAAUGUGCUUUCAUGCCACACACAACAGUAACAUUACCAUGGCAGUAUAUGUAGAAAAUGUGUUUCUUUCUGUCUAGUUAAGGCUAGAUAAGUAGGUUAUCAUUAAAAACAGCAGCCACACCUCACUGUAAAGAAAGUGUCAGCAUGUGUGCAAGUCAUGUGAUAAUCUUUGUGCGCGUGAGGAAAGUCCUGCUGUAGUGGAUUUACGGAAUGUUAAGUGUACAUAGUAACAUAAGCUAUAAACAAAAAAUAAAACCUUGUAAUACAAUACACGUCUCACCUGAUGGUGACUUGAAAGGUAAUAACUGCCAGACUUCACAGGAGCAGCCCAAGGUCAGGAACUUGUGUGCUGGGAGAGCAAUGGAGUCUCGGGUGCUGUCAGAGUGCUACAGUUGGAUUUCCAGGCUCUUCUCUGCUGUACUCGGCUGUAGGUGCCCCUGCCAUGAUGAUGUUGGGCUGGAGCAUGGAUUUUUCCUGGUGGAUGUGGCAUGUGCUUAAGUGUGAAAGGGUUAAACCGAAGUUAGUGUUUAUGUAACCAAACAGGGAACUCCCAGAGAUGAGUCUUUGGCUAUCUCAUGUGUUGAUGCAUCAGAAGGGUUUAAAGAAAGCCCAGCUUGUUGCUUGCACUGUAAUUACGUUGCUGGAAUUCUGUGCUUCAGAGUUUCCCCAGCUGCCGGGGGCGGGGGGCCAGGAAGGAAUUUGCUUUCCCUGAUGUGUGACUUGGCCUGUGGAAGCCUUUUUUGUCCCUGAGAAGUUGGAGAUUGGCGACAGUAGAUGUGAGAUGUAGGCAAGGUGUACUGGGGUCCCUUUUUGCACUAUGGCCUCCCAAGUGCUUGCCAUGCCUUGCUCACAUACCUGGGAUUAAACUAAUCAGCAGGUUGGUCUGAGGAAGGUGUUUUUCUAGUGGGUUGGUUCGGCAGGGGCUGCCGGAGGUGUUCGGGUCUCCCAAAGUGUGGCUUGCUUGGCAAGUUCAUACUUCACCAGGUACCUCGGCCCCUUGUGCUGUGCUGGCGCCUCGGGAUUCUUCCUUCUCCUUUGGUCAGAGAAACUCUGUGUCUGGUUUUGAGGGAAAUUCUCACUUAGGGAAGAAGACUGAAUGAGUCUCCGCACGUUUCCAAGAAAUCUCUGAGUCAGGGCUCCUCUGUUUCUGGAGAAGGCUUCCCUUCCCGGAAGGGCUCACACAGUGGUACAUGGGUUGCACCGGUGGCUCUGAGUCAUCUGAUGGGCUGCUUUUUUUUUUUUUUUUUUUUUUAAAUAUUGUUGUUAUUACUUCUCUUACAGAGUGGUUCAACUUCCAAAGCCUUUGGUAAAGUUAAUGUUCCUGUGUAGUGAAUCUACUACAGUGCUUUGUAGAGAGAGGGGAGCCCACCCCAGCUGCGUUGUGCCUGGCUGCAGCAGCUCCUCCUUCCCACACGCCUGCUUUGCUUGGGAUCUGCCUGGCAAACAUUCCCUGUAAUGCCCCAGCCAGUGGCUCCUCCUCAGGCCUGGCUGAUCCGAACUCCGCCUGUUCUCAGGGAAGCUUUUCCAAUGGGUAUGGAGCCUCUGUCCCUGGGAGCGCUGAUGACUCUGCUCUGAGCUGUCCCUGGCCGGGUUUGCCCAGGGAAGGUGUGUGGCAAUGCUCUGGGAUUACCGCUUCUCGCAGCGAUACCGACCUGCUUGUUCCUGUGCGGGGAAGUCAGGCCAUUCUCGAGGUUUUACUCAUUUAAUGUUAGCAUUCGUGUAGGUUUUUAGGUCAUGUCCAACACGGCUUAUUGUGAGCUGGAAUUUGCCAUGAGCCAGGCUUAAAUGUGAACUUCAGUUAAUUGUCAUUGAUAAAUACUGCCCAAUUUUUGUAGCUUAAUUUUUGCAAAAGCUGAGGCACUGGCUGAGAGGAGAGUGGACAGGGCAAGUGGGACAAAAACCUUUGGACCGGGUCUCCAGGUUCAUCCCAAAUGCUGCACUAUCUGCCUGCCAGAAGAGAAAGCUGGGUAGAAAUGCUGCUCUGUUGGGUGACAGGUCUUCUCCCUCUGGGGUGGGAGAUGGAUAAUUCACGAGUACAGAGCAAUGCCGUGCUUCCCUGGAUGGCUGAGCACCCAGCAGUGCUGCCUCUCCACUGUGGAGGUUUCAAGCCUGGUGACGAAGCCCAUGGGGAGAGAGGUGAUUCAUUUGUCCUGUGCGUGCGCCUGAGUCGGCAGCCCUGCCUGCAAGUCCCACGAGUCCCAGCCGUGCUUCCACCUGCAGCGUUUCCAGGUCAGGAGCGACAGGCAGGGUUCAGGUGCUGGGGUGCUGGCAGUGGGGUGAGUGGGAGCAGACACAGCUCAGCUCCUUUGGCUGCCUGGGAGCUGCUUCUGCAGCACCUGGGCUCCCAGGGAGUUUCUUUUAUAAUGGCGUGAGCUUCUUGCUGAAAGAGCUUGUCCUUGAUAGCCCUGAACUUCCAGUAGAUGCUGGUGGGCUCUGUCAUCUGCUGCUGGUUCCCAGCUGCCAGCUCAUCUCGCUGCCUUACUUGCAGAGUUCUGCUCCUUUGUAGCAGUGGGGUAGGACACCUUUGGGGUUGCCAGUCAUCACACUGGGAAGUAUAAAUACCAGCUAACUCGUUUUGUCCCCUUGUUGCAAGAUAAAACAACAGAAAGAGUUGUGGAGGCUGUAUCAGCUGCUCCAGUGUUUAACUAGUUUCUGUGCUGCUGAGUAAUCCUGUUAACGCCCCAAAGGUACUGUUUUUUUCCUGCUCCAGCUAUUAGCUGUGGCUGCUGGACUGUAGGACUUGCUUGUUCUUUAAUCCCAGAUGAAAAGGUCAGUUUCCUCCUCUCUUGUUUUUCUUUGUUGUUUUGCUGGGCACUGGAACAUCAUGCAGUAAUUCAGGAAUUAGACAAUUUCCUUAAGCUACGUAAUUAAAAGAUGUUGCAUCUAGGUCUCCAAAUUAUUUGAUUAAUAAUUCUAUUAAAGUCAUAGCUAACACAGUAAGAAGCUUUAGAAGCUUCUCCAGUAAGACGUUUGAUACAUUGCAUGCAUCACAUUAAAAUGGUUAAGUAACGAAUUUUUGUGCUAGACUUGUAAUUUCAUUGUCUGUCUGAGAAGACCGUUUUUGUUACAGAUGGUGGGACAGGGAGCGGGGGUGGUUUGAUUCAGUCUGUUCAGUUUGGGUUUUGGGAGGGGGCGGUGAACCCACUACAUCAGUAUCUGUCCUGUCCCUAGGAUGGAGCGUUUUAAGGGAUUAAGUGGUUUUGUUCUGGUUCUUUGCAUAGAUGUUGGAUUCUCUCUCUUGAGACUUAUCCUGCUGCUGUUAAAAUGAAUUAUGAUAUUAUUUUUUUUUAGUGUUAAGAAUUGGAAAGUCCCAGCUGUCUGUGGGCUGCCUGUAGACAGAGACGUUGCUGCAGGGGCUGGGGGGUGCUCUUCGAUCUUGCGAGGCUUGCUGCCUCUCAUGGAAAUGUUCUACAUUCUCAGUUUUAGGCUAUUUUAACUCUCAGCUGUGCUGCAGCAUAACCAGUUUGUGCAUGGGACUCCACUUACUGCUUAUUUGUCCUCUGCUCAUUGUGUGUGAGGAGGAAAUCCUUGUGCCAUGCAGUAAUCCCCUCUUGUGUGCUCUGAGCAAGCCUGUCCGGGGAGGGCUCCGCUGCUCUGGCAACACUAGCUGCAGGACACGAAGCAGCAGCUCCUUUGCUGUUUGAACACGUUGGGCAGAGGAGCAGUGACACUGCCAGUGUCCUUCCAGCUGAGCUGUGCAGGGGUCCUGCAGCCAGCGCCUGUCCAGGGGCCAGCGGUGCCCGCGGUGGGGCCAGGGAUGUGCCGGGGGAUGGCAGAUGGCUGCUCCGGGGGUGGGACCCCCAUCCCACUCUGCCACUCGGCACUUGCGGCCUUGUGUUUCCACUGCAGAGUCAUUUUAAGCCAUCCAGCUUAUUAUGGCUCUUGUCUAAAUCUUAUUUAAAGCUUGUUCUUCCAGGAUAUAUUUCAGCUGUGGGUAUCUGAGAAAUACCAGCUUCGUGUUAGAGUACUUCUAGCAGUGGAAGGCCUUGAAAUCAGAGCUUUGUAUCAGCCCAGCUCAAGCCAAGAUUCAGUGAAUUUGCAGAGUCCUCGACCUUUCGACCAUCCAGCCUUCUCCAAGGUGAUGACUCCUGUCUCCUGAGACGUUGGAAAACCUAGUUUGGAAGAAGAGUAAAGAUACAGUUGAUGCUGAACUACAGCCAAGGAUGAAGCGGCGAGCAUCAGACAGAGGAGCUGGGGAAACAUCCACUAAAGCAAAAGCUCUUUGUACAGGGAUUUCUGGAAAUAAUGCCAAGAGAGCGGGCCCUUUUAUACUAGGUCCACGUUUAGGUAACUCUCCCGUGCCAAGUAUUGUUCAGUGUUUGGCAAGAAAGGAUGGGACAGAUGACUUCUAUCAGCUAAAGAUUCUCACCUUAGAAGAAAGGGGUGAUAAAGGAAUAGAAACCCAGGAGGAGCGACAGGGCAAGAUGCUGCUGCACACAGAAUAUUCUCUCCUUUCCCUGCUCCACAACCAGGAAGGAGUGGUUCAUCAUCAUGGGCUCUUUCAGGACCGAGCUUGUGAAAUUAUAGAAGAUCUAGAAGCCAACAGAAUGGUCAGAAAAAUGAAGAAGCGUAUUUGUCUUGUAUUAGACUGUCUCUGUGCUCAUGACUUCAGUGACAAAACAGCAGAUCUGAUCAAUCUGCAGCAUUAUGUCAUUAAAGAGAAGAGACUCAGCGAGCGGGAGACGGUAGUGAUAUUUUAUGAUGUGGUACGAGUGGUGGAAGCAUUACAUAAGAAAAAUAUUGUGCACAGAGACUUGAAACUAGGAAACAUGGUGCUAAACAAAAGAACCCAUCGAAUAACCAUAACAAACUUCUGUCUCGGAAAGCACCUGGUGAGUGAAGAUGACCUGCUGAAGGACCAGCGAGGGAGCCCUGCCUACAUCAGCCCAGAUGUGCUCAGUGGACGGCCGUACCGUGGAAAACCCAGUGACAUGUGGGCGUUGGGUGUGGUGCUCUUCACCAUGCUCUAUGGCCAGUUCCCCUUCUACGACAGCAUACCUCAGGAGCUUUUCCGCAAAAUCAAGGCUGCCGAGUACACCAUCCCUGAGGAUGGACGGGUCUCAGAAAACACUGUGUGCUUGAUCCGAAAACUGCUGGUCUUGGAUCCGCAGCAGCGUCUGACAGCUUCUGAAGUGCUGGAUUCUCUCAGCUCCAUCAUAGCAUCAUGGCAGUCUAUGUCCUCGCUGAGUGGCCCUUUGCAAGUGGUGCCAGACAUCGAUGACCAAGUGGCUAACCCUGAAAACCCCCAAGAGGUGAAGGUGACGGAGGAGUGCUCGCAGUACGAGUUCGAGAACUACAUGAGGCAGCAGCUGCUCUUGGCUGAGGAGAAAAACACUUUGCAUGAGGCCAAGAGCUUCCUACAGAAGCGGCAGUUUGGGAACAUCCCCCCGGUGCGACGCCUGGGCCAUGACGCCCAGCCCAUGAACCCUUUGGACGCAGCUAUCCUGGCCCAGAGGUACCUUCGGAAGUAGCUUCCCACACAUCCGAGAGCACAAGCACCAUCCUGCAGUCUGCCUUUCACGUCGCCUACUACAGCUCAACAGCAAUACCGGUGUCCCGUGAUGGAGAAUAAUGUAGCAAUUCUUCUGAGCUCUGUUCGGGGACACGCACUCACACUCGCUCUGGAGGGAGACUUUUGAAAAAGCUAGUUUUGGAAGCAGCAACCUCUUGGCAUCUUCUGGAAUCUGUUUUUUUUAAAUUGAAGCCUAGAUGACUAAUCUGCUUUUAAUCAUGACUGUAAUCUACCUCUCUUGUCUUUUUAACCAUGCUGUUCUCUGGAUCGAGCAAAGCCUGUGGGAAAGGAGAAGACUACCAAGGGUGAAGCUGGUUUUGCUGGCACAAGAGUUGCGGCUGUGCAGUACGGAGAGUCGGCUGAUUGCAUUCGCUCCAUAUGGUUUGAAUAAGCUUAGAUUUAUCAGGGUUUCUCGAAAGGAAGAAUUUCUUGAAACCUCCCACUUCCCUUCAUCUGCAUCAAUUUUUUUUUUUUGUCCUUAACGUGCCGCCUGGUUUGGCUGUGUUGGCUAACCCUCAGUGGCCGUGUGUGGGCUGCAGUGUGCCAAGGCCUUUGUGAGCGGCACAAACAGCCGCCCAGUUACCUGGUGUGACCGGGGGCUGCCUGGAGAGCCCGGCCACUGCCUCAGGCAAGAGUUGUCCUUGCAGGCGAUCGCUGCAAAGGUUGGAUCUUGUCAAAGAUUUUGCAGGACUCGGCCCGGUGUGGCCUCUGACCUCUUACCCACCUUUCACUGAUUCUUUUAGUUUCAUAAGGAUAUAUGAUUUAAUCUUAUUUUUUCAGUAGCUUAUCUAAGGUGCAGUUAAAAUUGCAUUAAUUCUGAUUUAGCAUUUUCACACUUCAGUUGUGGUACAGAUAUAAUAUAUGAGUUAUAAUGUGAAAAAGCUUCCCAAAAUAAUCUGCCUAGAUUUAGGAAGGGGCUGGCUGAAGUCUCUACUGUAUUUGUUCCCUAGCUUAUCUUGCCAUCCCAGCCUCGCCAUGCAAACCUGGGGCUGCCUCUGCCACCCCUGCGUGGUGCUGAGGUGGGAGAAGGAUGUCCCGGUUUGUCACCUAAUGCCACUGGAAGAGUGUUUGCCUGUGCUGAGAACAGGAACGAUUGUUUCUGAGCCUCAUUUUGUGAACUGGAUGCCUGUCUUGCCAGAUGAACUGUUCUCACACAGAAGUCCCAGGGCUCACAGGACCCCAGCCAGGGCUCUUGCUCCAGGCACCAGCACUCCGGCUGCCACCUUUGCCUGCUCCUGGCUGCUCCCAGCCCCGUGGCAGCUCCAGCAUCACCCUCUCCUGCCAGCCUUGGGCUGGACACAAGGAAAGGUGUGAGCAGGGAUGGGAAAAGCUGCUGUGGCUUUGGCUGUGGGGGCUGGCCCUGCUUUUUGGGGCCAGCUCUACCCCCCCGCAGUGAUUGUGGGCAGGGAGCAAGUAGCUGAUCUAUUUGUAGCAUGUUGUUGCCUUCUCUUGCCUUGGGCUGGGGAAGCAGACUGAGUCUAGCCUGGGCCAACCUACGGGCAUCUUUGUGGGGACAUAGGGAUUGACCUGAAACUCCUUGGCAGCGUCGGGCAUUACAUCCUGCCUGCGAACUCGCCGAAGCCGUGCGGCUUGGCAGCGGGCAGGCAGGGAAUUGUGAACACUAAUACAGACUAGAACAGUUGCACCAACCCCAGCCAGCUGAGCCAGUAGCCUGAAGUCUUAGCCUUAUUUAUUUUAAAGAUGGUGGGUCUGUCCCAGUACACCCCCCUGUGUGCCCAUCACCCCCCUGUGCCACCAGCAACAGAGUAGGGACCCCCAGCCCCUGAGCACCCGUGGGGUUUGGACCUUCCAGCUGGGCUCUGCUCUCUCCCUCUGGUUUUCUCCUGUCUUGUUCUCCUGAUUUUUUUUUUUUUUUUUUUACACACACACACACACACCCUUCCCCCCCCAAAGUUGAAGCAAUAUUCUGGGGACUCUGCAAGGCUAUAUCAUACCCAGUAUUCCUGUGCACCAGUCAUCGCCAGUAAAUCAUACUUGUAUUAAACUGGAAGAGGGGGUGGCAUGGGGAGGGCAGAAGGGGCUGGGGGUGCGGACAGAGGGGCCGUGCUGCGGGAAGGAGCCUAUUGUAAGGAGAGAAGAAAAAAAAAAAAAAAAAAAGAAAAAAAAAAAAGGAAAAAAAUUUGUAUAAAGACAUUAUUUUUGUACUACAUCGAAACUACUCCUGCAUGUCGGCAAUAAAACUUCAUACCGA